CGCCUCCUCUCGAACGCUAUUGGACGAGCGCAGCCGAGUUCUUGUGCUGUGAUUGGCUGUGGGAGCUGUCGCUCAGGCGGCCGUGCUUCCUGGUUGUAGCUGUCAAAGUGUCGCUGAUAAACAGCCCGAACCCUUUUUCCCCGCACCGACCCGCAUCAUCCCGCAGAGACCCGAGACCCGGAACCAGGACCCGGAACCAGGACCCGCCACGCAACAACACGUCCUGAACGAUGGCGUUCAGGAAGGCUCUGAGGCGGACGGCGGUGGUCGGCGGCGGGGCGGUGGCCGCCGUCUUCGGCCUGUCGCAGCUGAUCGAGUACAGGAAGACGCAGCACGGAUCGGCUCGGUUAGCUCACGUGGCUGCAGAGGCGGAGCUCAGCGUUCCCUUCGCAGACGAGUUUCCCUCGCGGCAGGCCCAGCUCGCCGCGCUGCAGGACGGCCAGGAGUUCGACGUGCUGGUGGUCGGAGGCGGAGCCACGGGCGCAGGAUGUGCCUUAGACGCUGUCACACGCAACCUGAAGACGGCUCUGGUGGAGAGGAACGACUUCUCUUCGGGGACGAGCAGCCGGAGCACCAAGCUGAUCCACGGAGGAGUCCGCUACCUGCAGAAGGCCAUCAUGCAGUUGGACUACGAACAGUACAUGAUGGUGAAAGAAGCUCUCCAUGAGCGAGCCAACCUGCUGGAGAUCGCUCCUCAUCUGUCUGCUCCGCUGCCCAUCAUGCUUCCUGUUUACAAAUGGUGGCAGCUGCCUUACUACUGGGCGGGGAUCAAGAUGUACGACUUGGUGGCUGGGAUCCAGUGCCUGAAGACCAGCUACGUCCUCAGCAAGACCAAAGCUUUGGAGCAUUUCCCCAUGCUGAAGAAGGACAAGCUGGUGGGAGCCAUCGUCUACUACGACGGGCAGCACAACGACGCCCGUAUGAACCUCGCCAUCGCGCUCACUGCUGCUCGCCACGGUGCCGCCGUCGCCAACUACACGGAGGUGGUUCACCUGCUGAAGAAGAAGAACCCGCAGGGCGGCGAGGAGACGGUGUGUGGGGCGCGCUGCAGGGACGUCAUCACAGGGCAGGAGUUUGAUGUCAAGGCCAAGUGUGUGAUCAACGCCACCGGCCCGUUCACAGACUCUCUGAGGAAGAUGGACAACCAAGAGACUCAGAACAUCUGCCAGCCGAGUGCCGGCGUGCACAUCGUGAUCCCCGGCUACUACAGCCCCGACAACAUGGGUCUGCUGGACCCGGCGACCAGUGACGGGCGCGUCAUCUUCUUCCUGCCCUGGGAGAAGAUGACCAUCGCCGGGACCACCGACUCGCCCACCAAAGUCACAGCCCACCCCAUCCCGGGGGAGGACGACAUCAACUUCAUCCUCAGGGAGAUCCGCAACUACCUGAGCCCCGACGUGGAAGUGCGUAGAGGAGACGUGUUGGCGGCGUGGAGCGGCAUCCGUCCACUGGUGACCGACCCCAACUCCAAAGACACCCAGUCCAUCUGCAGGAACCACAUCGUCAGCAUCAGCGCCAGCGGACUGGUCACCAUCGCCGGUGGGAAGUGGACCACCUACAGGUCGAUGGCUGAAGAGACUCUGGACGCAGCCAUCGAAGCCCACGGCCUCGCGGCCCAGCCCUGCAAGACCGUGGGUCUGAUGCUGGAGGGGGCCAAGGGCUGGACGCCGACCCUCUACAUCCGCCUGGUGCAGGACUACGGCCUGGAGAACGAGGUGGCUCAGCACCUGGCCUCAACGUACGGAGGGAAAGCCUUCGAUGUGGCCAAGAUGGCUCAGGUCACCGGGCAGAGGUGGCCGAUCGUGGGGAAACGAUUGGUGUCUGAAUUCCCGUACAUCGAGAGCGAGGUGAUGUAUGCCAUUAAGGAGUACGCCUGCACGGCCACGGACGUCAUCGCCCGGCGGACGCGGCUCGGCUUCCUGAACGUGCAGGCGGCGGACGAAGCCCUGCCGCGCAUCGUGCACAUCAUGGGCAAAGAGCUGGACUGGAGUCAGGAGCGCAAGACGGCGGAGCUGGAAGCAGCCCGCAGGUUUCUGUACCUGGAGAUGGGCUACAGGUCUCGUUCUGAACAGCUGACCAAGACGUCUGAGAUCAACCUGGACAACCAGGAGAUCGUCAGGUACAAGAAGCGUUUCCAUAAGUUUGACAAAGAAAGCAAAGGAUUCAUCACGACGGUGGACGUGCAGCAGGUCCUGGAGAGCAUCAAUGUCCAAAUAGAUGAAAACUCACUCCAUGAAAUCCUUAAUGAGGUGGACCUCAACAAGAACGGUCAAGUGGAAAUUGAUGAAUUCUUGCAGCUGAUGAGUGCGGUGAAGAAGGGACAGGUGUCGGACAGCCGGCUCGCCAUGCUGAUGAAGACGGCGGAGGAGACUCUGAAUAAACGAGGCCCGGUGACGGUGGACCGGAGCGGGGGCGGUUUCUGAUGGACUACAGGUUGCCAUGGCUACAUGAAUGAUGUUUUUAGUUUCUAAUGAAGAGUAGAUCUGUCUGGUGCCUCUGAUAUUACACAGCACAUCUGUUUUAUACUCUUUUAAACUUUCAUAUGUUCAUCAUUUACACUAUCUUUGUACUUUCUCCUUCUAAACUUUCUGACGAUGAUUGUUGGUGAAACACCAUCCUACAUGUGAUGCAGCUAUUUCUUUUUGGUCAUGCUUUAUUUUAUGGCUCCAUUAUUAAUUCCCUGGAAUUUAUUAAAACAACUUAAGUUUCACAGAUGAAAGAAAUGAACUAAAGAUAAUCCUAACUUGAUUAAUUCAUAAACACAGAUCAGACCCCAGCUUUAAAUCCUUUCUGACCUGAGCAGGUUACGAGCUCUGCUCCGCUCAUAUCUGAGCUUCCUAAAGCUCUCUGAGAUGUUUCUGAAGUUCUUCUAUGUUUCUGAUCUGGAUUCAGUCUGGGAGGAAUCCUUUCACUGCACUUAAAUCCUGAUUACUGAGUUUACAGGACAAGGUUUCCAGCUUUAAGUUACUGUCUGUUCUUUCCAUUUAUAUUUGUUUCUUCAUUUCACUGCAGCCAUUUAUAAACAGAAAUACACUAUAUAGCAUGAAAAGAUCAGGAUGUUUUGUUUGCAUGCUACAUGUCAAACUUUUAAACGUGAUUUUCACUGUGUGUUUGAAGUGGAUCUUUAGUUUCUGGUGGUUGAGAGCAGAGAAAGUGUUUGUUCCUGCAU